CCCCGCCCCGCACAGCCGCGGGUUCCCGGAUGCUCGUUUCCCUCGCUGCGUUCGUCGCCCAGUUCUCCAGCACCCUCGGGCUGGGGCUGCCUUUCCCCUGCAGUUUCCGGCAUGACAAGGAGGUUUUAUGGACAUGGAAAAGAAAUCCACACAGAAGUCCUGAAGAUGCUGGGACUGGCAGAAUUGGAGGAAAACGCAAGCAAAAGAAAAAAGAAAAGCAAAAGAGAAAACACCCCCAGUCUCGACAGAGAUGAUCAUCUUAUUCCUCAGACGACUGCGUGUUCUCUUCUUCAUCAUCUUCGGGAAGCCAGACCAAGUACUCAAGAGCCCUGAGGAUGAUGACAGGAAGGUCCGAAGGAGAGAAAAAAACCGAGUUGCUGCUCAGAGAAGUCGGAAGAAGCAGACGCAGAAGGCUGACAAACUCCACGAGGAAUACGAAUGCCUGGAGCAAGAAAACACAGUGCUGCGGAGAGAGAUCGGGAAGCUGACGGAGGAGCUGAAGCACCUGAGCGAGGCCCUCAAGGAGCACGAGAAGAUGUGCCCGCUGCUGCUGUGCCCCGUGAACUUUGUGCCCGUGCCGCGGCCCGACCCCGUGGCCAGCUGUCUGCCCCGAUGAAGCCCCAGGAUCGCCCUCCUCACUGAGUCAGGAGCCCUGGUCUUCCCCAGCCCUGGGAGGAGGUUCUCUCCACGCCUGUGUACAGGGGGACCUGUGGCCAGGCCACCUCCCCAGAGCCCCAGGCUGGGUCCCCAGCACCUGACUCAGGACCUUGAGGAGACCCAGGCAGGAAGGCCACCUCAGGAGCACUUCUCCCACUUCGGCAGCUAGUAGGUUCCAUGUUAUGCAGAAUAAUUUCCUCUAGAAUUUGGGUAAUAAAAGUGGUUAUCCUAGCUCCUUUCAACAAGUUCUUGGAAUUUAGAGACACAAAGUGAUUCCUCUUCCUAAAGAGGCCACCUUCCGUCUCCUCGGGUUGUCCGGUGGCUCCUGGUCGUGGUUCUCCCUCCGGUCCUCUCUCCCACGGCCACGUGUGUCAGAUGGAGGAGGCCCUUUGGGGCUGCAGAGCAAAGGCCAGUGGCACUCCCCUGCCGUCCCAACUCUGUCCCCAACGGGCGUGCUGCGUGUGACUCACAUGGGUAUUAUGUUUGCAUAGCCCUCUAUCUUGGUCAGCUCUCCUGCCCAGGCCUGGCUGUCAUGGAAAGUUUUCUGUUCCAGGCUGGUUUUCCCAACUGCUCUGUACACUCCUGGGCCACCUCCCCCUUCCGCAAGGAGGCCUAGGCUCGGGGACAAGUUUAUUUUAUAUUAGUCUGAACCGCAGUUGGAUGGGGGAAAUCUGUCCCCUUCAAAAUAAACAAAUAUUUGGGUAGAAGAGGAGAGUAAUUUCCU